CAUUGAACAUUUUGGAGCAGACGUUUUUGUGUUUAAUGAGACGUAGUACGAAUAAAAUUGUGAAAAUAUGAAAAUAGUUGAAAUUCAGCAAAAAAAAAUAUAAUUGAUAAAAAUUCCAAACAAAUUUUACAGCAAAACGCAAUUAUAUUUUGAUAUAAAAGUUUCAAAGUGUUUUCCUUUAUAGGAAUAUGUAAAACAAGAAAUUACGAGAAUAAGUGGAAGAAAGAGAAUUAAAAUUUUUUUUGCAAAGUAUUGACAACGAAGAAACAACAUAAAGAAAAGAAUAUAAUACAACAAAAAAAAAGUAAAGUGAUAUGAAAAUUAAGAUAAAGUAAUGAAAAAUUAACAAAAUUUGCACAGAUAAUUUGUGAAAUAUAAUGAAAUUUAGUGAGCAAAUAAUAAAAAUGUUUUAAAAAAUCGCAGUAAUAAAUUAACAUAGUAAAGUAAAGAAUAUAUUUUCUUCAAACUACCAUGAGCUCCCGUAACAAAACCGAUGUUAAGAAAUUAUUUGAAUAUUGGUGCGAAGUAUCCCGAACUCAUGGCAUUGAUCAUACUUCAUCGCGUCUAAAUGGUCACGAUGAUGUUGGUAACAGCUCUUCAACACCUGAAGGUGUAAUCACUGAAAGUUUUCCAGAAAAUUUUCGUGAUGAAAAAACCAUUGCCAAUAUACCCGCCUUUGCAUUUCCCUGUGAAUUUGAAUGUGAUUCCGUGCAAAUAUAUUCCUUUGUACUAACCACAGACGAUUCAAAAUGGCGUUUUGGAUUUUGUCGACACGAUCCCAAGACAGCCACCACAAUGGUCAUUAUCACACUCUUGCCAUGGCAUGAUACAUUUUUAAAAUUAUUAUCCCUACUUGCUGAGCUGAGAAGGACUGAUCCAAAAGACUUUCAUAAAUUUUUAACCGAUGCUUACAAUAGUGGUGUACCAGAUGUGGGCAGUCAAUUGAAAUUGCCACACAGUCAAGGACAAAGUCUUUUUAUAUUUGAACAUCCCAAACAGUUUCAGCUGCCCAGUAUACCACAAAAUCACAAUUUGAAUCUAUAUUACAAUUUUGUUUAUCCAAAGAAUAUGAUUGCUGUAUUUGCGGCCAUGUUAGCUGAAAGACGUAUUAUUUUUACUUCUAAACGUUUAGAUCGUUUAUCUUCGUGCAUAUUAGCGGCCAAUGCAUUUCUAUAUCCCAUGGUAUGGCAGCAUAUAUUUAUACCUAUGAUGCCCAUGAAGCUAAAAGAUUAUUUAAGUGCACCCAUGCCUUAUUUAAUAGGUGUACCUUCAAUGGUAUUAAAUACGAUGAUGCCGGAGGAAUUAGGCGAUGUUGUGAUUUUAAACUGUGAUACAAAUAUUUUCGAAAGUCCCUUUGAUGAUGUCCACUCGAUGCCUCCCGAAAUUGUUGCCCACUUAAAGAAAGAAUUAAGUCGCACCAAUGAACAUAUGAACGAUCGCGUUUCAAAAAUAUUUCUAGGCGUUUUGGUACAGCUCAUUGGCGGUUAUAGGGAUGCUGUAGAAUUUCGUGAUACUGGCAAAACAUUUAAUAGUGACAAAUUUAUUGAUUCACGACCAUCGCAUUUAAGACCUUUUCUUCGGAAAAUGAUGGAAUUGCAAAUAUUUCGUCAAUUUAUUGACGAACGUUUGGAAAUGAUGAAUACCGGUUUAGGAUUUUCCGAUGAGUUUGAACAGGAAACUGUACGUUAUGCGGAAAAGCGCAAAAAACAUGGUCGUUUCUAUCAAUUUAAGGAGAAGACUAAUCCUGCUGUUAAGUCCGCUGUUAAAUCGGUGAAAGGAAGUUCUCAGACGGCUAUACAUGCUUAUAAAAACUUCAAAUCGAAAUUGCGUGAUAUAACACCACCGCAUACCACGGCACACAAUACCACACAUUUCCGUUCUCAUUUAACAUCGAAUUCGCAGCAUGAUCGUAUUGAUGGUGUUGUCUAUGGCAAAGAAAUUCCCAUAAAAUCCUAUAUGGGACGUCAUUCGGCUCCCAGUUCUCCUAUAUUCGGUAAACGUGUUAAUGGUGUUGCCGGGCCUUCGUCUGUGGGCUUUCAGUAUGCGUCCAAAGAACAAAUUACAAGUGCCUCUCUACAUUUACGCCGCGCUCCAACUCCUUUGGCCAUGUCUAGCUCGAGUACGCACAUACAGUCAAAUGGUUUUGCGAAAUCUGCAACUGGUUCUUAUAAUCUUAAUAAUAAUGUGGCUUCUUCUCCUACGGUCAGUCCGGCAAGUUCGUUAUGCUCGUCUGAAAUGAAUUUAUCACAAGAAUUACAAAACCAUCCUCUAUUUAAGACACCCAUUGUGGAUAGAAGUCUUAAACCAUGUCACAGUUUAGAGCCAAAUCAUCGCAUAACGGCCUCGCGUACAGGGGGGCCACCCCCGGCAAGGCCACCACCACCAGCACCUCAUUUAUUACAGCUUUAUCAACAACAGCCGCAGCAACAGCAAUUACUUCAGCAACAGCAGCAACUCUAUGGUCCGACAUAUUAUAAUCACCCAUACGGUUCACAUCCUCGAGUAGAAGGAAAACCACCAUUUAUACCCAGACCGGCACCACUUUACAUUCCAAAAUCAAAAUCACAAACUCUUAAUACUUCCACCAUUACUACUAUCACCACCACCGCCACUACCACUAGUAAUCAUUUAACACAUCAACAACAGCAACAACUAGUACUACAGCAACAAUCACAAACUUCAUACACAUCAAGUCCCCAUAAUAAAUUAAUACAAACAACUGAAUCCUCAUACGAUACACCGCCCGAUAUGCAAUCACCACCCGUGCCACCAAGACGUCAAUCCUCCGCCACUCCUCCAACACCUACGCCUUGUAAUGGAGGUGGUGGUGUCAAUAUCUUGUCGAAUGCUGUGGCAGCAACUGCUGCCGCCGUUACAGCUGGUAUUACACGACUUGAGCGUAACUGCUGGCAGGAUUAUGCGGAGACCCAACUAUUACAAAAUGAUUCUUUACGCAGUUCCGCUUCCUCAUCAUCGAACAAUUCAAAUACAUCAAAUUCAUCAUCAUCUAGUGCGUCUUUUGUAACGGCGGCUUCUCGCUUUUCACUGUAUCAGUCAUCGCCGCCCGGCUGUGAACCGCCCGUACCAGCUCCACGUUUAAAAAAAGAUAAAGACAAAGAGUCCUUACGUUCUCUACAGCCCCAACAUAUGACAAUGGGUAUGAAUGGUAUUAAUAAUACAGCUUCCUCAAACGCUACAACAACAGCUGCUACUACUAAUUCCCAUGCUUCUGAAGAUUCUAUGAAAGAUUUAAUAUCGCUGGACGAUAGUCAUAAUAGUAGUUUUGAUUUAGAAGAUUUCGAUCCUUUAAAUCAAAAUGCUCGUCCUUUACCAACACAUACUGUUGGCGGUACUAAAACUACUACUAGUAGUAGAAUAACUCAAAAGAAAUCAACAACCUUGCCUACAAAUGCUAAAAAUCCCUCGGCUCUAAUGACUACAUCCAGCAUAAGUAAUCCCUUGUAUACCUAUUAUACACCACAGCAUUUGCCGCCAACUGCUUUGAAACCUCCUACCGAGAAACCUCCACCUUUACCCAAAACAGUACCACCUCCCAUGCCACCACCAGAUGAAGAUUUUGAAUUGCUACGUAAAUAUGGUCUCGAUCAAUUUACCUUGAUCACAACAACGGUUACAUCGACUACCAACAGUUCAACUAUAACCACCACUGGCAUGAGCAAUUGGACAACAUUUGAUUGAACUUCCACAAGUGGCAUCAUCAACAAUUCUUUUUUUUUAUACUAUAAAAUAUAUAGAUUUUGCGCCUAUAAAAGAAAUCCGUUUAGUUUCCAAUUUGUUUUUAUUUUAUUUGUCAUGUAAAUACUUAAAAAAGCAAGUAAACAAAUUAAGUUUAUUCUAGUAAUGUAAUGUAAAAUAUUAUUUUGUUAGAUAUAUAGCCAGAGAAUAUAUUAUUAUAUGUAUAUCUAUCUAUUGUAUGAAAAAAUAUUAAAUUAAAUUUAUAUAAAAAAUUUAAAAAUAAUAAAUCUAUAUUUAAAAAAAAAGAAAAUUAUAAAAAUCAAAAGAUGUAUGAUGUAUGUAUGUAUCUCUAAUUUAAGUCUUAAUUAUGUGAUUAGUAUUUAUGUUUGUAUGUUAAAUUUAUAUACACUCACACAUACAACCACACCAUAUACACAUUCACAUUAUGUAAUUGUAUAGUUUGUAUAAAUGUUAGUUUAUUAAAUGCUUUUACAAGAUUUUCCUUUGUUUUACAAUGAUUAUUUCUUUUUUAUUAUUAUUAUUAUGUCACACUCACUUUAAAUAUUCCAAUUUGAAAACAAAUUUGAAAUAAAAAUACAAUAUUAGAAUAUUAUACACACAUAAAACACAUAAAAGACGUAUGUACUUCGAAAUUAACUAGAAAUUUUCUUUAAUAAAUUAUUUUAAAAUAUAUUAAAAAAAAAAAUAAA